AUGAAUUCGGAAAAAUUGGGAAUAAGAUCAGGCACGACAACAAGUAUUAGCAUAUUUGAAGAAAUAGAUUGCAUUAGCAUAUCCGUAAUAAAUUGGAAAUAUUCUGAAAAAGACCGAGAUACGAUCUCGCAACAAACAACAAACAGUAAAGAACAAAUAACAAAACAACAAACAACAAACAGUAAACAACAAACAGUAAGGAACGAACGACGAACAGUAAACAACAAACGACAGACGGUAAACAACAAACAGCAAACAAUAAAACAACAAAUGACAGGCAGUAAACAACAAACAACAAACAACGAACGACGAACAAUGGACAAUAAACAACAAAUAACAAAACAACAAACGACAAACAGUAAACAACCAACAACAGCGAUAACUUCACUUUAA